AUCUGCAAAAUCAAUCUUAACCCAUUUCUUCUUCUUCUGUGAAUGCUCUCUCAUCUCCACUCCAUCUACAAAACUGAUCUUAACCCACCCAUUUCUUCUUCUUCUCUUUUCUUGGGGAAACUUGAGCUACUGGGUUUCAUUGAAACCUCAAACCUGGCAGAUCUUACCAAAUCAAAAUAACCCUUCAAUAAACAAUACCAAUCAAACUCUAAUCGAAUUUCAACAAAAAUACAAUCAAACUUUAAUCAAAUUCCAACAAAAAUGCAAUCAAAUUAUAAAUCAAUCUCCAAAUAUAUUAACAAUUGCAAAUGGAAAUCGAAAGAAGAACGAAAAAACAAGAACCAAGCUUUCCCAACAAAGCUAGGUUCGGUUGAAACCCAGCAAAUCUGCUGGGUUUCGACGAACCCAACCUUGGCUGGUCGUGAACCCAGUAAGGCUGGGUUUCCACCGAACCCAGCCUUGCUGGGUUCGUUGAAACCCAGAUCUGCUGGGUUCCGACGAACCCAACCUUGGCUGGUCGCGAACCCAGCAAGGCUGGGUACAGAACCCAGCCUUGGCUGGUCGACAAACCCAGCAAGGGCUCAGUGCAGCAGAGGGGGGGUUGGCUUGGUGUGCAGGGGAGGUAUGAUUGCUGGAAGUGGGCUCAGGCGUGUAGGGGUGUAUGAUUGCAGGCGAUCUGGGCGCAGAGUGCAGGUGAUCUGGGCGCAGAGAGCAGGGUUGGUGCAGAGCAAGGCUGGUGAUGGCUGGCGGGCAACGUAGCAGGGGGGUGCAGGGUGCAGGUAGCAGGGCUAGGGGUCGGGGCUCGGUGCGUAGCAAGCAAGGGCGCAGGCUCGGUGAAGGGCUUGUUCACCAUGAGCAAGGCUCGGGUGUGUGGGGGAAGGAGAAGGUUCUGGAGAGCAAAAUAUCUUCUUUUUUUUUUUUUUGGGUUUUGGGUAAUUGGGUUUGAGUAUUUGGGUUUUGGGUAAUUUAAUGGGCUCAAUUGAAAUGGGUUGGUGUUGGGUUUGCAAAUUUGAUGAAUUUCACCCUUAAACUUUUAAUUCCUUCAAUUGAGUCCUUUCUCAAGUUUCUUUUCUUCAUUUUCUUCUUGAGUUUCUUCUUUUUGCAUGUAGCACCUGAAAGAAAAAUGAAGAUAUAUUAGUUAA